UCCAUCUGCCUGGAGUCCCCAAGUGGCUCGUGCGUGGGGCGGAACCGCAGGCAGGGGGAUGGCGAGAUUAAACCAGAAGAAAAUGACGUGGUGACCGUUUCUGAGCCCAGCUAUUCCAUAUGGAAUGCAGUGUAUACAGUGUCCCAUGCCCUCUAUAAAACGCUGUUGAUCAAAAUUGAAAUGCGAUCUAAAGAAGACAGAAACAUGGACUGGCUUCUUCCAUGCCAGAAUGUAGUGACUUAUGAUGAUGUGCAUGUGAACUUCACUCGGGAAGAGUGGGCUUUGCUGAAUCCUUCCCAGAAAAGUCUCUACAAAGAUGUGAUGCUGGAGACCUACAGGAACCUGUUUGCUGUAGGCUUCAAUUGGGAAGACCAUAAUAUUGAAAAACACAGUCAAAGUUCUGGAAGACUUAGAAGGCAUGAAAGAACACAUACCAGAGAGAAACCCUAUCAAUGUAAUCAAUCUGAAACAGCUUUAUCCCAACCCAGUCAUCUCCAAAGACAUAGAGUAACACAUACUGGAGAGAAACCUUAUGAAUGUAACCAGUAUGAUAUAGACUUUUUACAGCUCAAUCAACUGCAGAGACAUAAAAGAACGCAUGCCAGAGAGAAACCCUAUGAAUGCAACCAGUGUGGUAAAGCCUUUUCAUGUCAGGGAAACCAUGGACAAAUGUCUUCAAUAAAACUGAAAAACAUAAAUAGAUGCUUUGAUUUAACCUUUACCUCUGGAGCCUUGAGAGCCUCUCCUACUUGUUCCACGUAUUUUUCAUGCUGGCUUAAAUCCUGUCCCAUGAUCACCGAUUCUUACCUCAGACUGAGCGCUGCGGCAGGCUCCUUCUGCGUCCCGAGGUUUUUCUUCACCGGCCUUGCACUCUCGGCGUUCUUCACAGAAUCCCCUAUAUUCAGGCCUCCACAUUGGACAUCAAUUUUUUCCGACGCGCUGGACUGUCAGCGUGUAAUCUGGAUGGGGGUGUGGGAAUGGGAUGGAACAGGAGACGCGAAGAAUGGAGACAAGACGAAAAUCUGA